AUGACUACCUCACACGUUGACAGAGUCAUCGCCAUUCCUACCCUCGUGGGCUCGAUCUGUUCUUUUGUAUCUUGUGGGGUGGUCCUCGCACUACAUGUUGCCUUGCCGCCGGGACGCCACUUUCGCCAUGCUCUCAUUGUCAACCUACUUGUUGCGGACUUUAUCAACAGCUGCAAUAACACGAUAUCUGGCAUCAUCAUAAUCGCAAAAGGCUCCAAGCCCCCAACCGCACCAGCGGAUGCCAAUUGCGUCGCGAAUGCGUGGAUAGGCCAGUUUUCUGUCCAGGCAGUGGAUUUUAAUAUCCUGAUUAUAUCCAUCAUUGUCUUUUGUACGGUUUUCCGCAGUCGGCGCGAUUUUCUACCGACACGAUGGCAGGUUGGGUUGGUUUGCGCGUCGGCUUGGGUCCCCGGAUUGGUUACGAGCAACGUCGCCCUCGGACUUGACGCGUACGGAUACGUUGGCGGGAACUGGUGCUGGAUUAAACCCAGCAAGCUCGGCUUGCGUUACGCUCUUACUCAUGGCUGGCGCAUAGCCAUAUUUAUUGCUACCAUUACUCUCUACACCUGCAUCUACAUACGGCUCAAAAGAGUCUUCAACAGGGUCAUACUAACGAGACCCACGACAUCGACACGACAUCGGAGCCAGCUUACGGCCACCAUAGAUCACCAGGCGCAAGACACGCAGGAAAUCCUAGCCUCGGACUCUUUCACUGAGUCGUAUGAUCUCGAUAGCUAUUCAAACCACAGCCUUGUCCCGCAAGGUCCCAGCGACGAUAUGGCGACAAUGACUAGAUCCUCCCGGAAUCCUGGGCCCAAGCCAUACUGGCCAGUCCAAGAUCCCCCGGCUAAUCCGCCGACUCCUGCGACAACUACCAGGUUUUCCUCGAUGCCGGUACCGCCAGAUAUCAGGAAGAUAGUAUUUCUGAAUGGAUAUCCAAUUGUGUACAUUAUUCUAUGGAUUCCCGGCAUCGCUAACCGCAUCGCCGAAUCGCGAGGAGGGUCUCCGAGGUGGCUGACGGCGCUUCAAGCAUCAACGCAGUUCGUUGGGCUUGCUAAUGCAUUGACGUAUGGAUUUGGGGACCAAAUGCGGCGGAAAAUCUGGCCCAGGAACACAGUCUAA